UUCAAAAGCUUUAGCUUCUUCAUCUCUUCUCUUUCCUAUACCUAAUUCUAGGUCAUCUCAUGAUGUCGGGUUCGUCGAUGCUCGAGGAGAACGGCGUAAAGAAGGGGCCGUGGACGCCGGAGGAAGAUCGGAAACUAGUGGAUUAUAUUGAGAAACAUGGGCAUGGGAGCUGGAGAGCUCUUCCAAAACUUGCUGGUUUGAAUAGGUGCGGCAAGAGUUGUAGAUUAAGGUGGACCAACUAUCUUAGACCUGAUAUCAAAAGAGGAAACUUUUCUGAUCAAGAGGAGCAAAUUAUCAUCAACUUACAUGCUUCUCUUGGAAACAAAUGGUCAAUAAUAGCGAGUCAUCUACCGGGGCGAACGGAUAAUGAAAUUAAGAACUUUUGGAACACUCACUUAAAGAAGAAGCUUCUUCAAAUGGGGAUUGAUCCAGUCACCCACAUCCCUAUAACUGAUCAUCAUCUCAACACUCUCUCAAAUCUUCAUCACUUGCUUUCUCUUCCCACAUCUCCAUGGGACAAUCCAUUAAGGCUACACAAUGAAGCAACUCAACUAGCAAAAGCUCACCUCCUCCAAAAUCUUCUACAACUUCUAUCCUCCUCUCAUUCUUCUCUAUCCAUUUCCAAUAACCUCUUCAACACACAACAAAUCUCAGACCUAACUUAUAAUGAUCUCUCCAUUGGAUCUUCUUUUCAAAACAUCCCAAUUAACAUAGAGCCUCCACAGGAACCACUACCAUGUGAGAAUUACACAGCGGCCACGGACGGCGUGUUAGGAUUCGAAAACAAUAGCGAUCGAGUGAAGACUUUUUACGACACAAAUCAAAAUUUAAACUCACUUCCCAACUUGAUUCCAGCUUCUCCUGAAUGCUCGAAAAUUCCAACCACGGUUGAAAAUAAUUGGGAAAAUCUUAUAGACGAGGAAGCUUUCGAUUCAUCCUGGAAACAUAUUAUAAAGUAA